AUGGCCGAUGCUGGUCCUUUGCAGCGCCUGGGCGUUCUUUUGAAGCACUUGACGCUCGGAGACACAGACGGUCACAAUGGGAUUGCCCUCUCACCCACGGCUGCAAGGGGUGUCUCGCUGCCACGCUUUGACACGACCGUCAUGGAAAGCUAUCUGGAUGAACUCAGCAGCGUGAAGGAGGACGUCUACGAGACCUUCCGGCACAGGCCAAACCUUCUCCCUGCCACCCUUGAGGGCUUGUCCAAAGAGGAGCACAGAGAGCUUGCCAGACAACAGCUCAAGCUGCUGCUGAAGGCCGGAUACAGUCCUCUCCGCUUCUACCUGCAUGACAUCAAGAAGUACUUCUAUCUCGGAGAGUUGCUCGCCGUUGUGGAUCUCUCUCUGACCGUCAAGAUGGGCGUCCAAUACAACUUAUGGGGUGGCAGCAUACUCAAUCUGGGGACAGAGAAGCACAAGAAGGCAUACUUUGAGGACAUCGACAAGUUCCGCCUUCCUGGAUGCUUUGCCAUGACCGAGCUGUAUCACGGCAGCAACGUGGCUGCGCUGCAGACGGAAGCUGUGCUUGACAUUGCUACUGACGAGUGGAUCAUCAGCACGCCGGAUGAUGGCGCUCUCAAGUGGUGGAUUGGGAAUGCUGCAGAGGAUGGCAGGGCAGCCACGGUAUUUGCCCGCCUCAAGGUGCCAUCACCGGAUGGAAGUGGCACUCUGGUGGACCACGGCGUCCAUGCCAUUGUGGUGCCCCUCAGGGAUGAGGCCGGAACGGUCCUGCAGGGUGUGGAGAUCAAGGACUGCGGCUACAAGGUGGGCCUCAACGGCGUGGACAACGGCUCAAUCAGGUUUUUGGGAGUGCGUGUGCCCCGGGAAAAUCUGCUGGACAGGUUUGCGUCCGUGGAUCGGUCUGGGCAGUACCGCUCGCCCUACUCGGCCUCCCGACGCUUUGCAGCCACGCUUGGAGAGCUCACUGGCGGGCGGGUCGGGCUGAUCUGCAGUUCCCUGGGCGUCCUCAAGGCGUCGCUCACAGUCGCUGUGCGCUAUGGUGCAACCCGCCAGCAGUUUGGGCCUGCAAACGCCCCAGAGAUUGCCGUGCUGGACUACAGCAGUCAGCAGGAGAAGCUGAUGCCCAUGCUGGCCAGUGCUUACGCCAUCCACUUCACCUCUCGCUACCUGGUCGACCAGUAUGCCGAGGCAAAGCGCACCAAGGAGGAGGAUGUCAUUGCCGAUGUGCAUGCACUCUCUGCGGGCUUGAAGGCGUACGUGACCAACUACACCGCGACAGCUCUGUCUGUGUGCCGCGAGUGCUGCGGCGGGCAUGGGUAUGCCGCGGUCAAUCGCUUCGGCAUGUGGCGCUCCGAUCAUGACAUCUUCCAGACCUUUGAGGGCGACAACACAGUCCUGCUGCAGCAGGUGGCUGGGCUGCUGCUCAAGAAGUACAAGGAGCGCUUUGCGGUUGCCCCUGUGACUGCCACGUACCGCUACCUGCGCCAGUGGGCAGCAGAGAGCCUGCCGCCCAACCCUCUGGUCAGCCAUGAGACCUCCGUUCGCCACCUGCGAGACCCGGCCUUCCUCGUCCGAGCACUGAGGUACCGGACGGGCAAGCUGCUGUUCACGCUUGCGCAGCGCUUGAGCAAGCACACUCGGCGCAUGGGCCAAUUCCAAGCCUGGAACAAGUGCCUGAGCCACAUCCUGACCCUCGCCCGGGCCCACAUCGAGUCAGUCAUGUUUGAGCGCUUCCUCGACGGGGUCAACAACUGCCCUGACGCUGACUGCAAGAAGAGCCUGAAGGUGAUGGCGGAGGUGUUUGCGCUGCAGCGCAUCCAGGCGGACGUGAUGUUCCGCAACGACGACUACGUGGCGGCGGAGAAGGUGAAGGCGAUUGGCCGGCUGCUGGAGCGGCUGCGCGCGGAGAUUCGAGCGCAGGCCGUGCCCCUGGUCGACGCCUUCAACAUCCCCGACCACAUCCUGCGCUCCCCCAUCGGCCUCUCCCACCAGGACCCCUACGACCACUACCUGGAGGGCGCCGGCUGGACCGCCACCACCCCACUGACCUCCUGAGCACAACAGCGCGAUGCAGCUGUGGGCGUCGUGUCAUGUCUUGCCUGUGAUGGCAGAUUCUUAGGCCCUAGGAUCCAAUCUCCAGUGAUGACGAACACUCAGGUGUACCUCGGCAUUCUGAGGGGUGUUAGGGCUGCUGUACAGUUUUGCGGGUUUAGUUAGGUGAGUGUUGCUGUUUUUUGAAAGGCGGGUUGGACAUGAAUGCAUGCCUGAGCACCUUGUCUGUAUUAUUUUAUCACUCCUGUACUUCGUCGCUUGUGACAUGCACCAUUUUUCCAGGGUGCGCAAGCCGGUAGCGAAAGCUCUACUGCGAGCUCAAUUUUGGCCCUCGGCAGUUUUAAUUAGGACAUAGGGUGUAAAUUGUCUAGUUUUAGGGCUAAGAUUGGUCUCAGGAAGGUGAAUCAAUUUAUUUUGAAUUGGUUUGCCCGAGUGCAGCCUGUGUGGAAGCUUAUUAGCUCUGUGUCUAACUUAGUUUCAACUACAAAACUUGCACAUGUUGAAAAGUAUUGCUCUGCGUC